CAGCGACGUCCCACAAGCCCUCUCUCGCGAGAGCUGAAGUCUCGCGCUAAGGAUACAGAAGGCCUGGUGUAGUGGGCACACUUCCGGCCUCGCGUCAGUGGGGGUGCGGACGGACGCGUGGUUCCCGAGUCGUGCGACUGACGCCAUGUUCCUGACCGCUCUCCUGCGCCGCAACCGCAUCCCCGGCCGGCAGUGGAUCGGGAAGCACCGGCGGCCGCGCACCGUGUCCUUCCAGGCGAAGCAGAACACGAUCCGCCGCCUGGAGACCGAGGCGGAGAACCACUACUGGCUGAGCAUGCCCUGCCUCAGCGCCGAGCAGGAGUACGGCCACGCCGCGGCCCGCAGGGCAGCCGCCUUCCGGGCCAUCAAGGCGGCCAGCCAGGCCAAGUUUCCCAGGCACAGAGUCCUUGUCGACCAGCUCAGCCACCUCAAUGUCACCAAGAAGUGGUCCUAACCGGGACCGCUGCUCUGUCGGCACCUGAUCCGGAAAACUAAAGUCUAGAAGUGUGAGCCUUUGGACAAGUCUUAGGAAACAGACUGCAGGCGUGAGCACGUCGUCUGCGUAGGGUCUGGGCUCCCGCGCUCGGACUCCAGGCUCAUCCCUGGUGUGUUGUGUUUUUUUCAUUAUCCUCGGAGGACGAUACCAGGGAUUUGCCCGGGUCACAGAACAUGUGAGAUGCAUUUUAGAAGAAAGCUGCAGUAAAGCUGCAGACUGGGGUUUGGGAUCUGUGUCAGACACUUGAUGGGGUUGGUUUGCCUACGUUCUGUCAAGAAUAAUUGCUUACACGUAAAUGAAAACAUGAGCUUUUUACGGUUAAACGUGUCCCUAAAAAUAGCAUUUUCUUCUGGGAUUUCUACUGAAAGCGGACAUUUAAAUGAAAUAAAAGGUAUUUAUAAAAUCUG